AUGUUUUUUAUGCCAUUCCAGUCGACAACUCCUCCUUGGAUAGAUGUUGUACCGCAAUAUAAACAAGAAGCACCAAAAACACCGCCUCAUAUAAUUCUGCACUACGUGGCCUUCAAAACAGCCUGGGAUUGGUUGAUACUCAUUUUGACGGGUUAUACUGCAGUUAUGGUGCCUCUAAAUGCAGCCUUCCGCAGCAAGACAAUGGAAGAUGUUAUUUUUCUUGUAAUUGACAGUAUUGUAGACGUAAUAUUCUUUAUUGAUAUUGUGCUCAAUUUUCAUACAACUUUUGUCGGACCGAAAGGUGAAGUGAUCAGUGAUGCCACUAUAAUACGGAUAAACUAUCUCAAAGGAUGGUUUAUUGUAGAUCUUUUAUCCUGCCUUCCAUACGACGUAUUCAAUGCCUUCCAACCAGAAACUAAUCAGGUGUGUUAUUUUGUUUAG